AUGGCUGAGCUAAACUACUCACGAAUCGAGAAAUUAUGCUUGGCAUUUUAUUUCGCGGCUACCAAGUUGCGCCAUUAUAUGCUUCCUUCGGUCGUCCAGAUCAUCUCCAAGACCGACCUCAUCAAAUAUAUGCUCACUCGGCCGAUCAUACGCUGCCGAAUCGGGAAGUGGACAAUGGCAUUGUCCGAAUUCACCUUCCAAUAUGGGGCUCAGAAGUCGUUCAAAGGUCAGGCAUUGGCCGAUUUCUUGGCUCACCACCCGACUCAGGGGCAGGAAGAGGAGUUGGAGGUCGAGAUCGGCAUGGCCCGCACGGAGAAGAACUAUUGGACCAUGUACUUCGAUGGCUCCAAUACCGAGACUAGAUCUGGGGCCGGGGUCGUGAUCGAGCCCCCCAAGUACAAAGGUGGCAAUUUGCGUCCUAACUUGAUUUCAAAUGCACCAAUAAUCAGGCCGAAUAUGAAGCACUCAUCAUCGGUCUUGAAAUUCUAA